UUGGUAAUAAAGGCAAUUGCGAGGUUAAUGUCUUUGAAAGAUAGAGCCCAGUGGUUGCCCUUUAUCCAACAAGAACUUCCAAAUAGGGUCCAAGAUGAUAACAUCAUAGAUACCCUUAAGUUAAGCUACGAUCCUCUUCCAUCAUAUUUGAAGCAUUGCUUUGCAUACUGUAGCUUAUUCCCGAAAGGUCAUGAGAUAGAUGUCAAAUCAUUGAUUCGACUUUGGAUUGCACAAGGGUUUGUUAUUAGCUCUUCAAAUUCAGGUCGUAGGGGUAUUGAGAUUGUUGGUCUCAAGUGCUUUAAGAGUUUACUGUGGAGGUCCUUCUUUCACGAAGUUAAAAAGGAUGGUUUAGGUAACAUAGAAAGUUGCAAAAUGCAUGAUUUUAUGCAUGAUCUUGCAAUCCAUGUCGCUGGUUUUCAGAGCAUCAAAGUGGAGCGUGGAGGAAAUAGUAUUAGUGGAUUGACUCGGCACGUGUCAUUUGACACGGAAUUGGAUUUGUCUUUGCCUUUUGCAAAUCGUCUAAGAACACUUGUAUUAUUGCAAGGUGGCAAAUGGGAUGAGGGGUCAUGGAAGUCUAUUUGUCGAGACUUUAGGCAUUUACGUGUGCUUGUUUUGAGUCAUUUGGGAAUGAAGGAAGUGCCACCUCUCAUUCAAAAGCUCAAGCAUCUGAAAUAUCUUGAUCUUUCGAAUAAUGAGAUGGAGGUGCUUUCUAAUUCUAUCACCAAUCUGGUAAAUUUGCAAGUGCUCAAGCUUAAUGGUUGUAGGAAACUUAAGGAACUACCUAGGGAUAUUGGUAAGCUAAUUAAUAUGAGGCAUCUUGAUGUUGGUUGCUAUCUUGAUGAUGAUUUAUGUGAAAAUUUAGAGUAUAUGCCUCGUGGGAUUGGGAAAUUAACUAGUCUACAAACAUUGUCAUGUUUUGUGGCUGCUAAAAAUAGGAGUUCUAAAUCUGUGAUGAUAGGUGGAUUGGAUGAGUUGAGGAGGUUAAAUAAAUUGAGAGGGAGGCUAGAAAUAAUAGUCAAGGGAUAUGAAGGUAGUUCUUGUAUAUCAGAAUUUAAAGGAGCUAAAUUGAUAAAGAAAAAAUAUCUUCAUUCGUUGACUUUAAAGUGGGAUUUAGGGGCGGAUAAUAUUUCAGAUAUUGAUUUGUAUGAUAAAAUGUUGCGAAGCCUCCAGCCAAACUCGAGUCUUCAAGAGUUGAAAGUGAGAGGCUAUACAGCCAUCAGGUUUCCACAUUGGCUUUCACUUCAAUCAAAUCUUGUAAGGAUUCAUAUAAUAUGUUGUCCAAGACUUAAGCAUAUCCCUCCCUUAGAUAAAAUCCCUUCUCUUAGAGAAUUGUUGAUUAUGUAUUUGACUAAUUUGGAGUACAUGGAUAGCGAGGGGAAUGGAGGAAGAGGAGUUUCGAAAAUUUUCCCAUCUUUGAAGAAACUUAGCAUCUCUAAUUGUCCUAAUCUAAAGGGAUGGUGGAAGAAGAGUAGAGAUAAGUUGAUAAUGCUCCGUUUUCCAUGUCUUUGUUCCUUGAGCAUUGUUGAUUGUCCAAACUUGACUUCAAUGCCGUUGUUUCCAACUCUAUCAAUUCUCAUUUUGUUGAGAGCUAGUUCAAUGCCAUUACAGCAGACAAUGGAGAUGACAUCAGCAGUCUCUUCUUCUUCUUCAUUUACCCGUCCUCUCUCCAAAUUGAAGAAUCUAUAUAUUUAUUUCAUUGAUAACAUGGAAUCUCUUCCGGAAGCAGGGCUGCAAAAUCUCUGUUCUCUUCAACAGCUAUCAAUUAGGGGAUGCUCAAAAUUGAAGUCUCUGCCACUGCCUGAUCAGGGGAUGCAUUCUCUUCAGAAAUUAAAUAUCAGCGAUUGCAGAGAAUUUGAGUGUCCAUCUCAAUCUGAAUCUCAAGGGAUAUCUUACUGCAGUGGAGAGUUGAGAGUGAUAGAAUAUGGAGGUAUGAGGUUUCCAAGUUGGCUUUCACAUCUCUCAAAUCUGGUAAGGAUUCAUCUAGAAAAUGGUAGAAGACUUGAGCAUAUCCCACCCUUAGAUGGAAUCCCUUCUCUUGCAGAUUUGUAUUUUGGGAGUAUGAAUGAUUUGGAGUACAUAGAUAGUGAGGGGGUUGGAGGAAAAGGAGUGGCGACGCUUUUCCCCUCCUUAAAGACACUUGUUAUCUAUGGUUGGUUUAGACUGAAGGGAUGGUGGAAGAGAUGGAGUAGAGAUAAGAUGAAUGAUGAUCGUAUCUUUUUUCCACGUCUUUCUUCCUUAAAAAUAAGAUGGUGUCCAAAUCUGACUUCAAUGCCGUUGUUUCCAACUCUCGAUGAAGGUCUUUCUUUGACCAAAACCAGUUCAAUGCCAUUACAGCAGACAAUGAAGAUGAAAUCAGCGGUCUCUUCUUCUUCUUCUUCUUCUUCUUCUUCAUUUAUCCGUCCACUCUCCAAAUUGAAGGAACUCGAUAUUGGUUCAAUUGAUGACAUGGAAUCUCUUCCGGAAGUAGGGCUGCAAAAUCUCUCUUCUCUUCAACAGCUAUCGAUCUCUGAAUGUCCAAGAUUGAAGUCUCUGCCACUGCCUGAUCAGGGGAUGCCUUCUCUUCAGAAAUUAUAUAUCAGCGGUUGCAGAGAAUUAAAGUCGUUAUCUCAAUCUCAAUCUCAAGGGAGGAUACCCUACUUUCCCUCUUUGCAACUGUUAAUAAUCAAUUACUGCAGUGAAGAGUUGAGUGAAAGAACUAGAGGAUGGGGAAAGGAGAGCGUGGAGGAGUGGCUUCCUAACAUUGAACACACUCCAUAUAUGGCGACUAAAUUCAAAAGGAGGGUCGCUAUUUAA